AUGGGAAUUCACUUUCAAGAGGAAAUACUUAUGGACAUCCUCAAGAGGUUACCCAUGCGGUCUUUUCUUCGAUUCAAAUGUGUUUCAAAAUUUUGGGGAACAUUGAUCUCCAGGCCUUACUUUAAGAAGAAGCAUCUCAAUCAUGCCAAGAAUGACCAAAAUUCCCAAAAACUUCUUAUUAUCCAAAAGUACCUUGAUAAUUAUGAUGUAUUUCACUUCUAUUGUUCUUCUUUAUCUUCGGUUCAAGCGGUUGAGGAUGAACAAAAACUUGAUUGGCCUUCAGCCUGCAAACUAGUGAGUUGCAAAGUAUUGUGUGGUUGUGAUGGAUUGGUUCUUCUUGUAGUUACUGAUAGAGGUGAUAUACACUUCUUGCUGUGGAACCCCUCCAUAAGAGAAUCGAUACAACUUCCCCCUCCAGAAUCUCGAUUGGGGUAUUAUAUAUUUGGAAUGGGAUAUGACGCAACUAGUGAUGACUAUAAGAUCCUUGCGGUGACCAGUCAGGACUCAGGACGAUAUAGUGGCAUCUUCCAAGAUGAUACUGGAAUGUGUUUAGGCAGGUAUAGUGGUACCAUUGAUGUUGAAGACAAUGUGAUUGCUGGACUGGAGGCCUUGAAGAAUGGGUUAGUCAGAUGCAUGGAAGGAAAGCCGAAUGCACAGAAGUUGAUUGUGGAGUCUGAUAAUGUUAUAGUUGUCCGAUAUGUUAAUGGUCACCCUGAGCCAAAUGAAAUAACCAUCAACAAGUUAAAAGAAAUUUUCGACUUGCUGGAACUUAUCACUUGUGCAAUAUCAUGCAUAGAUAGCUUUGAUUUCGGCUCACAAGGUAGGGGUGAACUUUUCUAG